CCCCCAGGCUAUCUUCGCGUCUCCGACCCAACCCCUCCCUCCCUCCCUCCCGCUCGCCAGUUUCCCUCCUCGUGCCUCGAGCGGCUGGACUGUUUGCGCGCAUUGGCGAGGCCGCCUCGCCGGCGACGCGCGGUGGAGGAGCAGCAGGCAAUCUUUGCCAGGGCUUUAGAUUUCAUCAGGCAGCCCGUGCGCGUUAGUUCCCCGUGUGCUAGCUAGAUGGCAUCUUCUACUCUGAAACCAGGUGUGCCUGUCACUCUGCAAGAGCUGGAGCCCUCCUCGGAGAUGUUCAAGCAAGGGGCGUCCCUCCGGGUAACAGGAAUCCUUCAGUCAUACGAUCUGGACUCUGCGGUCGCUGUUAUUCAGGAUGGCAGCGCAAGGUUGAAGAUCGACACCCAACACCUGAGGGAUAUCAGUUUUCGCAGCGGCUCUAUGUUUCAGUUCAUCGGCGAGCUCCUGAUCCGGCCGAACAACGACGCGAUUCUGCAAGCACGUGUGGGAAGGAACGUUGAUGGCCUUGACCUGAACCUUUACCGGCAGUCUCUGAUCGUCCGACGGCAACAUGAAGCCAAACUACUGAGCUCCAGGAGGCCAUAAUCCAAAGCUGUGAUCCAGCAGUCUCAUGCCCUCAAUUCAGUUCCUCUGAGGUACAUGAGGGCAGAAUCACCUGACCCGUGAUGAUCCUGUGCUUUGGUUUGUUAGAUGGGUGCAAGCCUGCAAAGUAGUACUAGUACUUGUUAACUGAAAUUCCUGAGCACAGAUUAUUCCCGUAUCCUUGUUAAGCUAUCACAACUCUGUAAGCACUUAUUAUCCGAGGGUCUACAUAUCUGUUUCACAACGUUUUGUGGGCUA